GAGAGACGUGGAGCGAACCCGUGUCACAGAGCAGGAGGGGAGGGAGUUGACUUUUGCUAGGAGUGAGAAAGCCAGGUUGUCUGACGGUGCCAGACUGUCCUUUUGGUUUUUUGGAGGUUUAGGUGACAAGCUUGGCCCGUGACAUAAGGUACAUGUGCACCACCCUGUGACAGGCCAUGAAUAUAUAUGGUGUAACACUCAAUGGACCUGCACCCUGGGGUUUUCGACUUCAGGGGGGCAAAGACUUCAACAUGCCCCUGACCGUGUCCAGGCUGACCCCAGGCGGCAAGGCGGCCCAGGCCGGAGUGGGUGUGGGUGAUUGGGUAGUGUCCAUCGGUGAUGCCAACGCAGAGGAUUUGACCCACGUGGAGGCACAGAACAAGAUCAGAGCUGCGACGAAUUCCCUCGCUCUCUCUUUGAGCAGAGCUUAUAAUCCAACCAUUGAAGAGCAGAAGGAUACGCUCAAACUUGCAUCCAGUCAACCCAAGUACUCGUUCGCACCUAGUACAGCCAUAAACAAGAUGGCACGGCCGUUCUCCGCACCUACUGGCAACGGCGGCAAAGGACCCAUCAUCAAGCCGGUGUCGUACGCCCCCAAGCUUAACUCCAGCUCGCAGGUGCCGAGCAGCAAUGGUCACGGUGUAUCCUCCUGUCCUGCCAAGACCAAACCUGCAGACAAACCUGAUGGAGUUCAAGCACCAGCUAAAGCACCAGCAAGUUCCGGUCCAUCCUGUCGGCCCCCGUGGGUAACGGACCCCGGUUUCGCCGACCGCUAUCACCCGGACAAGACCAGCACCACCGUGACGCAGCAUAAGCAGCCGGUCCAACCCACGCCCAUGCAGAACCGCAGCUCCAUCCUGCAAGCGGCCCAGCAGUGCCCAGCCGACACCAGCGGACGAACGCCGCUCUGCACCGCAUGCAACAAGAUCAUUAGGGGGCGCUACGUGGUGGCGCUCGGUCGUUCCUGGCACCCAGAGGAGUUUGCUUGCUGUCAGUGUAAAAGGCUCUUGGAUGAGGGGGGCUUCUUUGAGGAAAAAGGCUCCAUUUAUUGUACCAAGUGCUACGACAACCGGUAUUCACCCAACUGUGCCAAAUGCAACAAGAAGAUAACCGGGGAGAUCAUGCAUGCCCUGAAGAUGACCUACCACGUCCAGUGCUUCCUGUGCGCUGCCUGCAAAAUGCCCAUCAGGAACGAGGCCUUCUACAUGGAGGAGGGGGAGCCCUACUGUGAGAGAGACUAUGAAAAGAUGUUUGGUACCAAAUGCCACGGCUGUGACUUCAAGAUUGAUGCAGGCGACCGUUUCCUCGAGGCGUUGGGUUAUAGCUGGCAUGACACUUGCUUUGUCUGCGCUAUCUGCCAUUCAAAUCUGGAGGGUAAGACGUUCUUUUCGAAGAAGGACAAGCCUCUGUGUAAAAGCCACGCCUUCUCUGCAGUGUGAAGCUCCGCCUUUAUUCAUCAGUGAGGGCGGCACAGGAGGUGCUUAACAAGACCAAAUACUUUACUUGAAGCCUGUAACGUUUGACUGACUGACAAAGUGAUGGAUAAUGUAGCUACUCUGGCUGCUAACAGCUUCGAUCUGCAUUUACAAAGUGUGAGACAUUCAGCACAGCACCGACUCGAACGCUUGCUUAGACUGGCCACGGUUUAGCGGUCACGUUGUUCAACUGGAAUGAGUAGCUUAUGAACUCUUUAAACCACCAAUGCCAGAGAGAUGUCAGCACGAGUAACAAGGUAUUUUCAUGAAGUAUUUAGCUGUUCCUCCUUCCUCGCUUCUUUCUUCUUCUUGUGAUAUUUAUGUUGCUCUGUAAACAGCUGAAAUACAACUGAAAUACAAAGACCAUUGCACAUUCACAGUCUACACUUAUAUUGCUCACCUUUUUACCAUGUUCACUUAUUAGAGGUUGUUUUUUGACAUGUUGGUGGUGUGAAUCUCACAGAUUCAAGCACAUCUGGGUCAUCAAAAUAAAGAUGUUUUAAAGUCAUCGCAUUAAAGAUUUUUUGCAUUGUCACUCAUUUUGCCCACAUUCUCAUUAAUGUAAUGCAUAUAAACUCACUGCCAUUACUGUAAUACAAAUGAAGAGUUUCGUUGCAAAAUGAGAUAAAUCCAUUUUUAACAUGUUUUGAGAAAAAUUAUUAUGUAUUUAUCAUGUUAUUAUUUUAUUUUAUGGUGCUACUUAGCUGUAUUUUUUAAGUUGUGAAGGUUUAAGUAAACUGAAGUUGAAUUGAUAUUAAUUGGAAUGCACAACCAAAAAAAACGAGAUUUCUAAAAAAUUAAAAAAAAACUGAGUUAUCUCGUUUUGCAACGAAACUCUUCAAAUAUAUAUCUAUUAUGAUUUAAAGGGCCCAUUUUUACAAGAUGUCUCAUAAGUCUCAGGUGUGUCCAGAAUGUUUCUGUGAAGUUUCAGCUCAAAAUACCCCACAGAUCAUUUAUUAUAGCAUGUCCAAAAUGCCCUUAUUUGGGUGGGAGCAAAAAUGCAAUGUUUUGUGUUUGUACCUUUAAAUGCACAUGAGCUUUUGUUUUUCCAAAAGAGAUGCUUUGGUUAAAUACAGAGCCGGCCCUAGACCUUUGGGGGCCCUAAGCAAAAUUUAGUCGGGGGCCCUUUGACCGUUUUAAGUAAGGCCUAAAGAAAAGCAAUGACUACCUUAUGACUAUACUGCACAUAUGAUAUCUAAUAUGCUAUUUUUUUAAAUGUGUCUAUUAAAUUAUGUUUUAAUUAUUCUAUGUAUACUGUAUGUUAAUGAUCUUUUUUGCUGGUCCUGAGUACGUAUUUCGUUCUUAUGUGGCAACAUGUAGCCUACAGAAUGACAAUAAAAGACCUUGGGGUGGUCCCGGACAGGGAAUAUCUUAAGACAGGACUCGGCCUUAGUUUAAUUAGAAAACAUAACUAAUUUUAACAAAAAUGCCGCACUAAAAACAUUAUUUGUGUGGAUUUUGAGGCAAAACAAAGGGCACUGGUGUAUUUUAAGAUAUGUCAGUGCAAGCUUUUUUCAGUUUGGACAGCUCUUAGCCUACCUUUAUUUUAGUCUAGGACUAGUUUAAUUCCUUUCAGGGAAACUGCCCCCUUGAGUUCUUGAUUUGAGUUCUAUGUUUGAUGUCUAACAGGAAAAAUAUGAUACCACUGACUGAACUGAAUGGCAGUGCAGUGCAACAAACACACACUGAUGAACUUGCUGAAUAAAAAGACUGAUAAAGUGAUUUUCACUGACCAUCAAAGAAACAUUUUUAAUUGACACCAGAGAUUAAGAGGCACAAACAACAGCCUAUAUAUAAUUAAAAUGAAAUAGAGUAAAUAGAAUAAAAUUUAAUUAAAAUAUUAUAUAAAAUAAUAAAUAUAAUACUUAAAUGUUUAAAUUUUUCAAAUAAACAAAAUUAACAAUAAUAUCUAAAACCCAACAAACAAGGUUAAUAGUACCUAACAUUCUUGUUUGAAAUGAGCUAAAUCUGACACAAACAUAGGUUUGUGGAUAAUAACAAUUCACUUGCAAAUAAUAUUAAUAAUUGAAGAUUAACAAUUAACAUUGCAUUCAUAACAUUAAUCUAACAAAGCUGGCUACUGUAUGUCAUAUGCACUGCUAUAGUUUAAAUAUUAAACACCGAACAGUGACAUUAUACACUUUUGCAAAGGCUAGCAGGUGGUUUAACAACGGUGCGCUGUCUGGACAUGUACCACGCAUAUGCGCAUGAGUUUGUUUACUCUUACACAUAAAACACUUUAAAUUCAGACGUUUAACAAUAUAAUUACACUAAUGACAUAAAUAUGUAGAAAUGACAAUGGCAUACGUGAAAUAUAAGCGUAACAGAAUUAAUUUACCACGUUAAACCGUUUAAAUAUUAAUUAUUAAGCUUAAUAAACCAAUUCACGUUAUGAUGGCAAAUGUAAGAAAGAGAAGUCAAACAGAACACAGGUUUGGUCAUUACCGAAGUCAAAUAAGAUCCACUUACUUCGCAUUUAUGCACAAACACGCAUAACAUUAAAGAAAUUGUGCUUAAAGCAACAGCAAAAGUUUGCGUCUUUAUCAGUGAUCCGGCUCAACUCAACUUUGCGUUCUGUGGGCGGGAUGCUCGCCUGCACAUAGUCGCGGGCACUGAUUGGCUGCUGCGCUGGAUGCUGUGUGUCAAUCAAUCUCGGCAAGAAAGAGAUCUUAUUAGCGAACUUUCAUAAUAACUAUAAUUACAAGUAACAGCCUUUUUAAAAUUGCCAUAAUAAUAAAUAAUGAAUAUUUAUAUUUAUUUUAUGUUACUUUUGAUGAAUGAUUUUUUUCAAACACUAGCUAAGUGACUUUAGGGGGCCCUCUGCUGGCCACGAGGCCCUUUGCAAUUGCAAGUGUCGUUUAGUGGCUGGGCCGGCUCUGGUUAAAUAGAUUUGAUUUUGCAAAAAAUCAUGGAAAAAUAACAGACAACGUCCAACUCACUGAAGGCAGAAACUAUGGUAAUACAAGACUUUCAGGCCCUGUUUACAUUAGAGAAUUUGCGUUUUAAAACGGCAUUUUAAAAUGAAAACGAUCCUCGUUUAUACUGGCAUUUUAAACGCAUGAAACAUGACCAAUCCUGUAACUGGGCAUGCGCUUAAAGUGUAAAAUAACUUAUUACUCUAAUAAUAGUUUACCUAUGCGCAUUUCUGCAGCCUAGGGGUGUGCGAUAUUGACAAAAAUUCAUACCUGGACCCUUUGCCGGCAACUACAACAGACACUAUUUUUGAAACUAUAAAAAUGUGUUUGGGAAAGUCUUAUAUUGUUCUACCUCCCGCCUACAAUUAAUAUGAUUCAUAGGUUAAUGUUAUAAACCAAACAGAAAGGUCUUUUAAGAUUUAACUCUUUCCCCGCCAUUGACGAGAUAUCUCGUCAAUUAAGAGAAAACGCUUCCCCGCCAAUGACGAGAUUUUCCAUCUUUCCGCAAUACCGCUAUUAUCCACCAGGUGGCGCCCUUCCGUAGUAUUGCCCUAUGGCAAGCGGCUGCAUGUCCGUGUCUGUUUUAAAGAUCGCUCUGAAUGGGAUCUCUAUGAAAAGUCCGUCAUAAAAAUGGAAUUAUCUCUGCUUUUUGCUCAAAUUAUGGUGUUUUUGCAAAAACCUACCCAUAUUCAAAAGCUGAUUGCAAAAGAACCACUAAAGGUAGGAUGAAACGUUUUUUUUUUUGAAAGCAGAGGGUCUGUUCUUUCAUUUGGUAUAUUGUAUGUUUAUAUAUUUAAAGAAGAACACUUUCUGGAAGGCAUUAAACUUUGGUGAAAAUCAUGAAAAACGCUGGCGCUGGCUGGCAACUUUUUUUUAAAACGCUGGCAGUGAAAGAGUUAAAAAGGAAGCAUUCAAGUGAACAGUACUAAACAGUAGCAAACUUGAAGCAAAAAUAAAAUUCAGCAAAUGCAAACUUCAAUCAAACAUAAAAAGAGGUGAAGUAUAGCUUUAGCCUACAGAAAUGCUUAUUGUGUUAAUUUUUAAAAGUGUGCGAGGUCCGUGCACGUACUCCGCUAGCAACACAGAAAUAGCAAAAAGCGCAAGAGGCUAAACGAGCAUUAAAUAUUAAUAUGACGUUGAUUUUAUUGUUUUUAUUCAUUAAAAUUCACAAAACUUAUCAACAAAACAUCGAUUAAAAUUAAGAGACAAAUGAUAUGUAACGAAAUUCAUUUUAAAGUAGCAAACAAAACUUAAAUUAAACUCGAAAAUAAUGUCUGACCCAUUACAAUUCUCCCUUCAUAUUGACCUUUAAAACGCCCUAUAUGGCAUUUAAAAUUACAGUCUAUCUUUCGUAAUAAGCUUACUAAAUUUAAACAAAACAUAAACAACAUUACAACAAUAUUCAAACCCAACAAAACUCAACCAUAAAUAGUGAGUUCUCAAACUAAAACGGUGGUGACGUGAUAAUGAAAGGCGUAAACGUGGCAAAAGUAAUGCUUCUUAAAAGGUAAACGCAUUAAUGUUAACAUAGCCUCAGUCAGCGGCCGUGGGCGGGGCUUUAUCAGUGUGACAUCACAUUGCUAAGAGAAUCAAAACCGCAUGUCUAAUGAGACUGCUUUGGUUUAAUGGUGAUUAAAAAAAAUGUCAUUGUUGGGAGGUUGUGAUCACAUACUGCCAACACACAUUUAUGUCCAAGUGGAUUUUGCCCUUUAAAUAAUAAUUAUAAUAAUAAUAAAUAGCUUUUAUUACUGUUACAGUAUUUAAUGCAUUACAUUUAUGAGAAAACACUAUUGAGAGUAAAAUGCAUUUCUGUUUGAAAAAAUGUUAGUGGAUUUAUUCUCAUUUAAUCAAUAUUAAUAUAUUUAUGUUAUGUUUUUUUUUGUCUUUUUGAUUGUUGCAGAAUGUUUCGAUUUUUUAAAGUUUCAUCCAUCAUUUGCACCGUUGUCAACCUAUGUUUUCUCCUCUCCUUUGUGACAAAUCAGGGCGAUGCAUUUUCCAUGUUAUGUCUAAAGCAAUCUUUUACUCUGAUCCAUACAAUGUGUGUUGUAGGGUAAAGCAUUGAGCAUAUGAUGUAUUCAGACACGAUCUUAAAGUGUCCCCUCAAUCCUCUAGAUGCUCUGUAGCCUAGUUUCUGUUCUGGCUGAUUUGCUGUGCCGGGGUACUUAAGGUAAUGGCAAACCACAGUGGAAUAAAAUGCUCCUGGCAGCUUGACUGAAAUACAUUAGCACUGAUUGCAGGCUUUUCAGCAUGACCCAACCAAUGGUCUCUACAUGACUGCAAUACUAAACAUGCUACAUUUAUCUGAGCUAAUCAGACAGGUAGUUCUAAUUAAAGCUGCGGUCCGUAACCUUUUUCAGUUAAAAAUAAACAAAGAUCAGUUAAAGGGGUAGUUCACCCCAAAAAUAACAAUACUGUCAUCAUUUACUCACCUUCAUGUUGUUACAAACCUGUAUAAAUUUAUUUGUUCUGUUUAACACAAAAGAAGAUAUGUUGAGCAAUGUUUGAAAUGUUUUUCGUCUACUGUGGAAGUCAAUGGUGCUUUUGUUUUGUGCUUAUUUACAAAUAUUUUCCAUUGUGAUUAAACUCUCGUAGUGGGGCAAAGCACAACACACAUACAGAAAAUUACUCUGCAAUUUUGUGUUUCGAACAGAGAUGGUGCUAGAGAGGCAAAAAUUACAGAUUGCAGCUUUAAAGUUGACCUAAUGUAUGAAACUAUUAAAACAUUACCAACAAACAAAUCUGCAACGUUACAUGGUCACAAACUUAUUUUGAUGUUUAAAAAUGAAUUUUAGGGAUUUUGCUAGCAUGUGAUUAUGUUUCCAAAGAAAGUCCUGAAACGUGAAACAACGCCGGUGUAUAGAUAAAGUCUUCAGAGACAUUGUGCACCAGAUUAUUUCCAGAACAUAAUUCCCAUCAUGUCCUUAUCGCAAUCUCUUGUUCCAGAACCGGAAGAAAUGCUACAAUCCAAUAUCCUGAGCGAAUUGCUAAGAUUUUGUACUUUUUGUAUUGAUAAUGUUUUAUGUACCAAGUGCCUUUUUUAACAGUUUUGCAACUUGUAACUAUUAUGUGUGUCGGUGAACUGCUGUAUUCUUAUUGUGCGUAUUAUAAAGAGGUUCCUAUGUGAAGAUGCAUAUCGUUUAUAACAGAAUUUAGCCAUUUAGUCAAUAAAUCACUGCAGUGA